AUGGCCACCGUGCUAGUUCAGCAGCAGGCGCUGCACCACUCAACCCCUCCUCCCUCUCCGAUCCCCACAGCCUUGACCGUAAACCGACGAUCGAGUCCCAUACCGAACCGACAUAUUCCAGUAUGCCCCACGGGUCCUACUCCAGCACCUCAACCUACUGCCGCAUCCCGACCCAGCGACCAGCCAUCCUCGCUGUUGUCUCCCCCAGAUGAGAAAAUGCGCAUUGGACGACCAUCGUCCCCCGCCGUCUGGGAUUCUUUUCAAGUCGCAAGCGUCAUGCUCGUCGCACUCCGAAAUGCUGGCGAGGUAUCAUCGUGGUCAAGCUGGGGGGGUGACUUGACCAAGUCACGUAUCAAGGGUGCAGUAAGCGCCCAUGAGAUACUGGCACCUUCAGCACAUUUCCUGAUGGCCGAUCCUCCCGAGGGAUUUUCUGUUCGAAACUUUCAAAUACAAACUGCCAAACUGGCUGCGAUGUCGGAUAUUGUUAUUUAUGCGGAAGAUGAUAACAGUCAUUGUGGACUUGUUGAGCUAGCCAACCAGUUUGCCAAGGCGCAGCAGUUAUGGCGAAAGAAAAUGGACCCCCUGGAGGAGCGACCGGCCUACAACACCUUCAUUCUUGCCGACAAAUUUUCCAACGUUGCAGAAAAGCAACCUGAGAUCAUUGCGAUCGAUGCGGAAGGUCAACCGACAGGCCGAAUCAUGGAUUUCGUCCAAUGGGAGCGAUUGGAAAUGACGACAAUGUCCCGGGCAUCCGAGAUUUCGUCUAAUGUUUGGCUCGGACCUACCCCGGAUUACUUCCAUACGACUGGAGCUCUUGAAUCACAAAAGGAAGAGGGCUAUGACCUGUUGAUCGAGGCAUGCGACAUGGCCAAUAUUCCUGGUCCGCGCUUCCUCGCCAUGCUCAACAAACAGAUAGAGACUGGUCCACAGCGCUUGGAGUUCCCUUCAUCGGGAUCUCUUGUGCUUCCAUCGGGGAACACCCGAGAGGUUGAGGACAUAGUCAAUACCAUCAGGUGGAUCUAUUAUCUUGCGCAUCCAGACACGUCACCGGACGAGCUCGAAGCCGACGGUGAUGUCGCGAUGACCAAACCGAGUGGACAACCCCUUAAGAUCCUCAUCCACUGUGCGGAUGGCUAUACCGAAAGCUCGCUGUUGGCAGUGGCGUACUUUAUGUUCGCAGAAGGAGUGCCAGCUCAUGAAGCUUGGCUUCGGCUGCAUUGCGAUAAGAAACGCAACUUCUUCGCCUAUUCGACAGACGUUUCUUUCCUGAACCAUAUUCAAGGACGUCUCUUGCAGGAAAGCCCCGCGACUCAGUCGACGGAUCUCUCGGAAAUCUGGAAUCCGAAUUGGUUCCACAACAUGGAUGGAUCCUUCCCCAGCCGCGUCCUGCCGUAUUUGUAUCUGGGUAAUCUGACUCACGCAAAUAAUCCGGAGCUUCUAUGGGAGCUUGGGAUCAAGCGUGUGCUCAACAAUGGCAUUGAUCCAUUGUGUCAGGAGUACGAUCGUUGUCUGGAGUUUAUUGAAAAAGGAAAGCGCCAGGGCACAGCCACAUUGGUCCAUUGUCGAGUCGGUGUUUCCAGAUCUGCAAGCAUUUGUAUCGCUGAAGUCAUGGCGUCCAAAAAUCUCUCUUUCCCACGCGCAUACUGCUUUGUCCGCGCACGGCGACUCAAUGUCAUCAUCCAACCACAUCUUCGCUUUGUCACUGCUCAACAAGCCCUAUUCGAGGCACUAAGAGUAGCCUCUGGUCUUGGUUCCGAGGCCCGUCCCAAAUUCACACGGUCAGGAUUUGAAGGACGGAUGACUGGAUUCUAUGGAAUUCUCAUUCCUGCUGCAAUCACAAUCCCCUAA